AUGGGUCCGGAUUCCUCUGAGACAGAGAAGACUUCCUUAGACUCCAAAGAGAGGCCACUGGGAGACAGAACGAUGCCAGCAAGACCGGUUUGUCCAUCUUUUCUUGGUGGCGGAGGGGAAGCUGCCCCCGUGGAACCAGAGCAGGGCCCAGUGUGCUUUGAAGAUGUAGUUGUCCAUUUCACAGACGAGGAGUCCGUGUUGCUGGAUCCUGACCAGAGAGCUUUGUAUCAGGAGGUCAUGGAGGAGAAUCGUGGGAUGUUGAACUCUCUAGUUGCAGGUGGUGGUGAAUUGGACAUGAAGAACGAGGGAGACCAUGUCAAAAUCCACACAGUGAAGGAGCCAUAUCCGUAUUCAGAGUGCAGAGAGAGCUUCAGUCAGAGCUCCCAUUCCACUUCCCAUGAAAGAAAUACCAUCAGGAAGAAACGCUAUCACUGCUUAGAAUGUGGAAAGAACUUUAAUAAGAUCUCCCACCUCACUGUGCAUCACAGAAUUCAUACAGGGGAGAAACGCUAUCAGUGCACAGAAUGUGGAAAGAGCUUCAGUCACAGCUCCCAUCUCACUUCCCAUGAAAGGAUUCAUACAGGGGAGAAACCAUAUCAGUGUGUAGAAUGUGGAAAGAGCUUCAGUCACAGCUCCCAUCUCACUUGCCAUCAGAGAAUUCAUACAAGGGAGAAACCAUAUAAGUGCCUGGAAUGUGGAAAGAGCUUCAGUCACAGCUCCCAUCUCACUUGCCAUCAGAGAAUUCAUACAAGGGAGAAACCAUAUAAGUGCCUGGAAUGUGGAAAGAGCUUCAGUCAGGGCUCCCAUCUCUCUUACCACCAAAGAAUUCAUACAGGAGAGAAACCCUAUCAGUGCCUGGAAUGUGGAAAGAGCUUCACUCGAAAAGAGAGUUUCACUUCCCAUCAAAGAAUCCAUACAGGGGAGAAACCAUAUCAGUGCUUGGAAUGUGGAAAGAGCUUCACCUGCUUCAGUCUCACUGUCCAUCAAAGAAACCAUACAGGGGAGAAACCCUAUCCGUGCUUGGAAUGUGGAAAGAGCUUCAGUCGAAAGGACAGUUUCAUUUCCCAUCAAAGAAUUCAUACAGGAGAGAAACUUUAUCAGUGCUUGGAAUGUGGAAAGAGCUUCAGUCAGGGCUCCAAUCUCACUGCCCAUCAAAGAAUUCAUACAGGAGAGAAACCCUAUCAGUGCCUGGAAUGUGGAAAGAGCUUCAUUCAGAGCAUCCAUCUCACUUCCCAUCAAAGGAUUCAUACAGGAGAGAAACCCUAUCAGUGCUUGGAAUGUGGAAAGAGCUUCAUUCAGAGCAUCCAUCUCACUUCCCAUCAAAGGAUUCAUACAGGGGAGAAACCCUUUGAGUGCCAAGAGUGCGGCAAGAACUUUAGAAGAAAGGACAAAUUGACUUCCCAUCAAAGAAUUCAUACAGGGGAGAAACCCUAUCAGUGCAUGGAAUGUGGAAAGAGCUUCAGUCACAGCUUCCACCUCACUUCACAUCAAAGGAUUCAUACAGGGGAGAAUCCAUAUCAAUGCUUGGAAUGUGGAAAGAGCUUCAGUCGGAAGGACAAGCUGACUUCCCAUCAAAGAGUUCAUUCUGGGGAGAAACCAUAG